AUGGGCAUCUUCAUAUCCUACGCGGUUCGAGGGUGCAAUUCGCAAAAAGCCGCGCUUCUGGCCGUUUCGAAUCUCUUCAUCGCAAUCCUUAUGCGCAAGAGCUGGUUAUCAAUACGUUGUUCACUGUUGCUUGUACGGUUUCUCGGUCAUGGCCUUUUGGAUGUAAACUCGUUGCAAGGGGAGCUAGCCAACAACGAGAGAAAAUCAGUGGCAACAGUUGUCCUCACGCACCACAUUCUGGGUUUCUUGACAAGCAUCAUCAUCUUUGUUCAUGGGGUGGACUGUAACUGUAUUAGUUUGGGCGCAGAGGCCGUCGUCAAGAAUGAUCACAGGGACCAGACAUUUCUGGGAAAUGCUCGUGUUCAUCCGGCUCUCUUUUGGCUGAUGAUCAUCCUCAGCUGUUCGAUCGUCCUGCCUUGGGUCAAACUUCAAAAGGUUCCCAUGCGCAGCGUCGUUAUCUCUGACCACGCUGUCCAAAUGUUCGUUGACUACGGCUCUCACCCCGUUCCCGGAUCAUUCCAGCGGUUCUCUGUUGACCCACUAUACAAGUGA